AUGAUCGAGGAGAGGAAGGACCAGUUCUUCAAGUUUGUGGACCUGCCCAGCGGGAAGAGGGUGAUGGUGUUCAAGUACAAGGACCGCUUCUACGCCUCCAACGCGUUGUAUUUGGGCGACGUGGAGGAGAUUCGGGAUGAGGACAUGGGCAUCGUGUGGGGACACUCCAUCACCUGCCCGCUCCACAACUGGGUCUUCAACCUGGAGGACGGCACAUGCGACAAGAAGCGGUACGUGCUGGACGUGUACGAAGUGAAGAACGAGGCGGGGCAGAUCUACAUCACGAGCCGACCCAAGAACCAGUCGGCCCUGGCCGCAGCCGCCGCGCAGCCCGUCGCACCGAGAACCCCUCCUCCUCGGCCGGACGCCGCCGCCUCAACCGCCCGACCACCGCCCGCCACUGCCCAGCCGCCACCCAACAGCCAGGACCAGGACGACGCUCGUCAAGGGAAGAAAGAGGAGAAGAACCCGCCGGAACCACCAUCGGGGCCACAGAGCAACAAGGUUCAGUUUGAGUUCUGGCCGGGCACACGAUGA